AUCUCCUCCUUAACAUUUGAAUAGGCUGGUCUUUUCUCAGCCGUUGUUACUACUUUCGUGGUCCAGACCUCCCAGAGCCUUCAGGUUGACAGCAGUAAUGUCGUUGCAUCGCUUCUAUUCGAGCUUGUCAACGUCCAGCGCGCGGUCGCGAAUGGUUCGCCAGUGAACGAUGUUCCUCGAUCUGAGCUUCCCCCCUAUUUGACAUUUAACCCUGCGACAUUCGACUGUUGGGUCAACGAACUGUGGUUCACUAGCCUUUCACUCAGUCUCACCACCGCUUUAUUUUCUUUUUUAACCAAACAGUGGAUUCACUAGUACAUGGCCGUCCCGUCUGGCACCCCCCGAGACAGACGCCGCAUGUAAGUUCCGAUACAUGGGACUACAGCAGUGGCAUGUGGCUUUCAUCAUCGGAAUGCUUACCGUCAUCAUGACAACUUCCCUUGCCGUCUUUCUUAUGGGUUUAAUUCUCUUUCUAGUCCCAUUGCGUGUGCUGAUUGCAUGCGUUGUUGGUGCCAUCACGUUCAUAUCGUUCGCCGCAUAUUUGGUUACAAAUUUCCUCCCGGUUCUUUACCCCUCCUGCCCUUACAAAAUACCCCCAUCACAAUACAUUUUUUCUCUUUAUGCCUAUGUUUCUCACAACAUCUCUCCGAUAUCCAAAUAUUGGGCGACAUCGGCUCAAGUUCCAGAAAAGGCACCCAUACGCGUGCUAGGGGAAGUUGAGCGCUCAGUUGUCGAAGCUAGUGCUGAUGACACUGAUGUACAUGCUCUUUCAUGGCUCUUUUCAAUGUCAUCCAACCCCAGCGUUCAGAGCAUCGUUGUACAGGCCAUCAGUGCUUUACCCUCGGGAUCUGCGGACUCUCUAAUGCGCCAAGCCGAUGGAAUCUCGCGCCUGUACGAGAAGACCCUUCGAGAGGUCCUCUCACAGCCUUUACAGCUAGAUGAUCCGUCGUAAGCAAACACAUUAGAUCGCCUAAUACAUUCAU